CACUGACUCAUUUUUUGAGAAAAUUGGUGACCAAGCUUGGGAUUUUCUCCUUCUUUUCUUGUUCUUGAACCCAGAAAUUCCCCCCCCCUCUCUGCUGGAAAUUUCAGAUCUGCUCUGCUCUGUCUUCCCCGCCGGCUGCUCUUGCUUGUGGGUGUGAUUUUCGGUCUUUCUUGUCCGUGAGUUUCCUGCAGCUUGCCGCCGGCUUCUUCUUCCCCUGCUAGCUCCCGUUCUUGCUGGAAAAUUCUGGUUCCCGAUUGUUCUGUCAGUUAGCAUUGAGAUUGAGUGCUCGGUUUUAUGCAAGUGAGGUAAGUAAAUUAUGCAUGAUUGGAAUGAAAGUGGGGAUUUCAUUGUUUUUCUGGAAUUGAGCAUGAUUGGAAUGAAAAUGAGAAUUUCAUUGUUUUUCUGGAGUAGAGCAUGCCUGUUUGGAAUUGAUUGAACUGCUUUGAUGAACUAAGAGUUUUGUAAAUUUCUGAGUUUUCUGUUAAAUCCAUACUCACAUGGAAAUUUUUCGAUUUGUUCUAAAAUUCGAGAUUGAUUGUGGAGUUUGGGUUUUUCUGUAAACUCUGCAUGGUUUUGUCUCGGAUAUAGUCAUGAUUACUGAUUAUUGUGCCCGCUAGUGGGAGGUUUAUAAAAGCUAGCACAUGUCGACAUGUUUACUGAUAGAAUCGGUUCAUCCUACCAAUGGGAUAAUACAUUGGUAAUUACUGUUGCCUGCCAGUGGGAGUUGUAAACAUUGGUACUAUUACUGUCGCCUGCUAGUGGGAGUUGUUAAAUACUGGUACUUCUGUAACCUUGCCAAUGGGGUUAAACAUUGGUAACUACUGUGCCCGCCAGUGGGAGGUUUAUAAACGCUGGCCAUGACUUAUAGAUGAGACUACUGAGCUGAAUUUUCUUCUGCAUUAACGGUUUAUCAUGAAAUGUUUUGUUAUUGAACUGAAUCUGAUUUUGUUUUAACGAGUUAUCAUUGAAAGCUUUGUUAUGCUCCCAUGGUUUAUUUGGCAUGCUUAAAAGUUUUACCCAAGGGCUAUCCAUAUUUACUUACUGAGUUAUCUCAUAAUUUUUCUUUGUCCACCAUUUCAGGAAGCGAAACCGAGGAUGGGGAAACCGAGGGGAGUGACGAAUUAGAAGGCUAGCCAUUUCGAGAUUGAUAUAGAUUUAGAAAUAAAUCAUGCUCUUGUAAGCUAGAUUGUGAUUGGAGAUUUUAUGAUAUCAGAGCAGAUCGUAAAAUUUUAUCUUGAGAUUUUGUGGUAUCAGAUUGUAAUUUGAAUAAAUUCCAAGCCUUGUGCACUUGUGGGACCCGUCUCACGAGUGCACGGCGUCUGCCACGUCUCCGGAUUCGGGUUCUAGGGCAUGACAGAAUCAUUGACUAGCUUUAAUGGAAAUCCCUAUAAAUUGUUUUCAAGGCA